GAUCCCUUUAACAGCAGGAAGGAGCAGCCAGAGGAACCGGCAGCAUGGAGGCUUUCUGCAGUAUAGGAGGCUCAGAUGCCUUCUGGGAUUUAAACAAAACAUGGUAUACAGACCAUCCAGAUUUUACACACUGCUUCCAGAUGACCAUCUUAGUCUGGAUCCCUUGCAUCUACAUCUGGAUUUGUUUUCCAUUCUACCUUCUGUUUCUUCGUUAUCAUGACCGAGGUUAUAUUAGAAUGUCACUUCUCAAUAAAAUUAAAACGGCUUUGGGAAUUGUACUGUGGAUAAUCUGCUGGACAGAUCUUUUCUAUGCUUUCUGGGAAAGAAGUCAAGGAUUUGGGCGAGCUCCUGUUUUCAUAGUGAGCCCUUCAAUACUUGGUGUUACAAUGUUGGUUGCAGUUUUCCUCAUCCAGUAUGAAAGACUGAAGGGUGUCCAAUCUUCUGCUAUUCUUUUGAUCUUUUGGCUGCUGGCGUUGUUAUGUGCCAUCCCACCAUUGAGAUCCAAAAUAAUGCAGUCAAUUAAGCAGGAUCCGAACAUUGAUGUUUUUCGGAAUACAACCUUUUACUUAUAUUUGAUUGGAGUGUUUAUAGAGUUGAUACUUUCCUGCUUGACCGAUCAGCCUCCCCUCUUUUCUGAACCUGACAAGGAUACUAAUCUGUGCCCUGAACUAAAUGCUUCAUUCCUGUCCAAGAUAACAUUCUGGUGGUUUACAGGGAUGACCGUUUUGGGAUAUAAACGGCCAUUGGAACCAGAUGAUUUAUGGUCCUUAAAAAAGAAGGAUAAAUCUAAAAUUAUUGUGCCACGUUUAGUUGAAGAAUGGGAGAAGGAAUGUUUUAAGAAAACCAGUAGACAAAGUGAAAUGGUAUACUCUCCUCAGAAGAACAGAACUGAAAAGGAACCCGAGAGUUCAGAGGAACCUGGUGAAACGCAAGUUCUAAUUUUAAAGAAGAGAAAGAAUUUGCAGCCUUCACUGCUGAAAGCAUUAUGUAGAACCUUUGGCCCUUAUUUUAUGAUCAGCUUUUUGUAUAAGGUUAUUCAUGAUUUACUGAUGUUUGCCAGCCCUGAAAUUCUGAAGUUGCUUUUGCAGUUCAUCAAUAAUGACAAGGCGCCAAGCUGGCAAGGCUACUUUUAUGUUGUGCUACUAUUUUUAUGUGCAUUUAUCCAGACUCUCUUUCUUCAUCAAUACUUCCAAAUUUGUUUUGUCACUGGAAUGAGACUAAAAACUGCUAUUAUCGGAGCUGUUUAUAGAAAGGCACUAGUAAUUUCCAAUGCAGCAAGGAAAACAUCUACUGUUGGGGAAAUUGUAAACUUGAUGUCUGUGGAUGCACAGAAGUUCAUGGAUUUGAUAACUUACUUAAACAUGAUCUGGUCUGCACCACUUCAGGUGAUCCUGGCUAUGUACUUUCUGUGGCAGAAUCUGGGACCUUCUGUGCUAGCAGGUGUGGCAGUUAUGAUUCUCCUUGUCCCCGUAAAUGGUGUGAUUGCAAUGAAAACUAAAAACUUCCAGGUUACGCAGAUGAAAGAGAAGGACAAUCGUAUCAAACUGAUGAAUGAGAUUCUAAAUGGAAUAAGAGUGUUAAAGCUAUAUGCUUGGGAGCUGGCAUUCAAGGAGAAGGUGCUGCAAAUUAGGGAGAAGGAACUCAAAGUGCUCAAAAAUGCUGCCUAUCUCUCAGCAGUUUCAACUUUCACUUGGGUCUGUGCACCAUUUCUGGUUGCUUUGUCUACAUUUGCAGUGUACGUACUUAUAGAUGAGAAGAAUGUGUUGGAUGCCCAGAAAGCUUUUGUUUCAUUGGCACUUUUUAACAUUCUUAGAUUUCCACUCAAUAUGCUCCCUAUGGUCAUUAGCAGUUUAGUUCAAGCCAAUGUUUCCUUGAAGCGCCUGGGAACAUUUCUGUCUCAUGAGGAACUGGAUUUAGACACAGUAGACAGACAUUCAGUCCAUACUUCAUGGAACAGUAUCAUUGUGCAUAAUGGUACUUUCAAGUGGUCCAAUGAAGAUCCCCCAUGCCUGAACAACAUUGAUAUUGAAAUUCCUGAAGGCUCUCUUGUGGCUAUUGUGGGACAUGUUGGAUGUGGAAAAUCUUCCCUUCUCUCUGUGUUGCUUGGGGAAAUGCAGAAAAAAGAAGGCUAUGUUGCUGUUAAGGGCUCAGUUGCAUAUGUCCCACAGCAAGCAUGGAUCCAAAAUGCAUCUUUAAGAGCGAAUAUUAUCUUUGGUCAGGAAUUAAUGGGAGAUUGGUACAGAAAAGUGGUUGAAGGCUGUGCACUUCUACCUGAUCUGGAGACCCUGCCUGCAGGAGAUGAGACCGAAAUAGGCGAGAAGGGGGUGAAUUUAUCAGGUGGGCAGAAGCAAAGGGUGAGUCUUGCUCGAGCAGUUUACAGCAAAAAUUCUGUUUAUUUUCUGGAUGACCCACUCUCUGCAGUUGAUGCACAUGUUGGUCGACAUAUUUUUGAUAAAGUCAUUGGACCCAGAGGUUUACUCCAUGGCAAGACUCGUGUUUUGGUGACACAUAGUGUUAGCUUCCUGCCUCAAGUGGAUAGGAUUCUUGUGAUGGUUGAUGGGAAAAUUUCAGAGUCAGGAACAUACAAGGAGCUCUUAAUGCAAAAUGGAGCAUUUGCAGAGUUCCUACGUACAUAUGCUCCGACAGAAAAUGAAGAAAUGGGGCAAAGUCUCCACCCUGUUAGUCCACAAAAGUCACCACAAAAUUUCCUCCGAAGUUUUAUCAACAUAAACUCAGUUACUCAUGAUGCGGAAGCCACGCCUUCCCAGCAGAAAAACGCUCCAAAUCUGCCCGGAGCCAGCGAAGCAGCAAAGCAAGCAGCUGGUGUGAAACUGACAGAAGCUGAUAAAGCUCUGACUGGUAGGGUAAAACUCUCUGUUUUCUGGGCAUACAUGAAGGCGAUUGGGAUCUGCAUUUCUUUCUGCAUUGUUCUUUUCUACCUAUGCCAACAUAUAGCCUCCUUAUCCUCUAAUUACUGGUUGAGUUUAUGGACAGAUGAUCCAGUUAUUAAUGGAACCCAGGAGCAUACUUCACUCAGACUAGGAGUGUACGGUGCACUCGGAGUUACUCAAGGUCUUUUUGUGCUCUUUUCUUCAUUGAUGAUGAGUGUUGGAGGAAUAUCAGCUUCACGUUGGCUCCAUGUCCAUCUGCUGUAUGAUACUCUGAUGUCGCCAAUGAGCUUUUUUGAGCGUACCCCUAGCGGUAACUUAGUGAACCGCUUCUCCAAAGAUAUUGAUACAAUAGACUCAGUGAUUCCAAUGGUGAUUAAAAUGUUCCUGGGAUCACUAUUAAAUGUUCUUGUUUCUUGCACGGUGAUUCUGAUAGCUACUCCGAUAGCUACAGUAAUCAUUCCUCCGUUGGGACUUCUCUACAUAUUUAUCCAGAGAUAUUAUGUGGCUACCUCACGUCAGUUGAAAAGAUUGGAAUCAGCGAGCCGAUCCCCCAUCUUUACAAACUUCAAUGAAACGCUGCUUGGUGUCAGUGUUAUCCGAGCUUUUGGAGAGCAAGAACGUUUUAUACAUCAAAAUGAUGUCAGGGUCGAUGAAAACCAAAAGGCUUAUUACCCCAGUAUUGUUGCCAACAGGUGGCUGGCUGUAAGACUGGAGUUUGUUGGCAAUUGCAUUGUACUUUUUGCUGCCCUGUUUGCUGUGGUUUACAGAGAUGCAGUCAGUCCGGGAAUUGUUGGAUUGUCUGUAUCAUAUGCCUUACAGAUAACAUCAACGUUAAACUGGAUGGUACGCAUGACCUCUGAAGUAGAAACAAACAUUGUUGCAGUGGAAAGAGUGCAAGAGUACAGUCAUACUCCCAAAGAGGCACGUUGGAUUAACAGAAGUAAUCGACCACCUCAAACAUGGCCUUCCGAAGGCAAGAUAGAAUUUGUAAACUAUGGUUUACGAUAUAGAGAAGAUCUUGACUUGGCACUGAAAGACAUUACUGUAUCCAUCAAUGGAGGGGAAAAGGUUGGAAUAGUUGGAAGAACAGGAGCUGGUAAAUCUUCGUUUGCACUUGGUCUGUUUCGUAUAAUUGAACCCGCUGAAGGACAAAUCCGUAUUGAUGGAAUUGACAUUGCAAACAUAGGCCUUCAUGACCUCAGGUUUCAGAUUACUAUCAUACCUCAGGACCCAGUCUUGUUCGCUGGCUCACUUCGAAUGAAUUUGGAUCCCUUUGACCAGUACUCUGAUGCAGAUUUAUGGACAGCUUUAGAACUGGCUCACCUAAAAACCUUUGUGUCUGGCCUUCCUGAUACACUGAGUCACGAAUGUUCUGAAGGAGGAGAGAAUCUCAGCGUUGGACAGCGACAGCUGCUUUGUUUAGCACGAGCACUCCUUCGGAAAUCGAAAAUCCUCGUUCUUGAUGAAGCUACAGCGGCUGUGGAUCUAGAAACGGAUGAACUCAUCCAGUCAACGAUAAGAAACCAGUUUGCUGACUGCACAGUGCUCACAAUAGCCCAUCGUCUUAAAACCAUUAUGGAUUACACACGGAUUAUGGUUCUAGACAAAGGCCGGAUUGUGGAGUUUGACACUGUAUCUGACCUUCUCCACAGAAAGGGAACCUUCUACAAAAUGGCAAAGGAUUCUGGACUUUUGUAAUUGGAAUUAUAUUUUCAGGGUUGUUUCAAGUUGGAGUUGUUACAUACAUUACAUCAAAACGAACUUUGAAUGUAAAAUCCUUUAAGUUGGCAAUUGGCACCUGUUUAUAAAAAGUUUUGUAUAAAACAAAAUAUUUUCAUAUACCUCUGCUUUUUAAAGAUUUGAUUUUUCUUUUCAGGUGAUAAUUGUUUGCUUAUUUAAAUAUUUAUAGUACCUAUAAAUAUGAAGAUCAAAAU